GGAAUGAUGUACCUGGAAGAGAGGAGACUUGUCCACCGGGACUUGGCAGCCCGUAACGUCUUGGUGAAAUCGCCAAACCAUGUGAAAAUCACUGACUUCGGCUUGGCCAGACUUUUGGAAGGAGAUGAAAAGGAGUAUAAUGCUGAUGGAGGGAAGUGCAUACACUACAGGAAAUUUACCCACCAGAGUGAUGUUUGGAGCUAUGGAGUCACUAUCUGGGAGCUUAUGACCUUUGGUGGGAAGCCGUACGAUGGAAUCCCAACUCGAGAGAUCCCUGACCUCCUGGAGAAGGGAGAGCGGUUGCCUCAGCCUCCAAUCUGCACUAUUGAUGUUUAUAUGGUGAUGGUGAAGUGCUGGAUGAUUGAUGCUGAUAGUCGGCCAAAAUUCAAGGAGCUGGCUGCUGAAUUCUCUAGAAUGGCUCGAGACCCUCAGAGAUACCUAGUGAUUCAGGGAGAUGACCGUAUGAAGCUCCCAAGCCCAAAUGACAGCAAGUUCUUUCAAAACCUUCUCGAUGAGGAAGACCUGGAAGAUAUGAUGGAUGCUGAAGAGUAUCUUGUUCCUCAAGCCUUUAACAUCCCUCCUCCCAUCUACACCUCCAGGACAAGAAUUGAUUCCAACAGGAGUGAAAUCGGACACAGCCCUCCUCCUGCCUACACCCCUAUGUCAGGAAACCAGUUUGUGUACCGAGAUGGUGGCUACACUGCUGAGGUGCCAAUGCCAUACAGAGCUCCAGGCUGCAUAAUACCAGAAGCCCCAGUUGCUCAAGGGGCCACGGCAGAGAUCUUUGAAGACACUUGCUGUAAUGGCACACUGCGAAAGCAAGUGGCAACCCUGGCAAAAGAGGACAGCAGCACCCAGAGGUACAGCGCUGAUCCCACGGUCUUCAUACCCGAGCGGGUCGUCCGCGGAGAACUGGAUGAGGAUGGGUACAUGACACCAAUGCGAGACAAACCUAAAACAGAUUACCUGAACCCAGUGGAAGAGAACCCAUUUGUUUCCCGACGAAAGAAUGGAGAUCUCCAAGCCGUGGACAACCCAGAGUACCACAACGCUCCGAACGGGCAGCCCAAAGCAGAGGAUGAGUACGUAAAUGAGCCAUUGUACCUCAACACUUUUGCAAACACCUUGGAAAAUGCUGAGUACCUGAAGAACAAUUUGCCAGAGAAAGCCAAGAAGGCCUUUGACAACCCAGACUACUGGAACCACAGCCUGCCCCCACGAAGCACUCUCCAGCACCCGGACUACCUGCAAGAGUACAGCACAAAAUACUUUUACAAACAGAAUGGACGGAUCCGGCCCAUUGUGGCAGAGAAUCCUGAAUACCUCUCCGAGUUCUCCCUGAAGCCUGGCACUGUGCUGCCCCCGCCGCCCUACAGACACCGAAACACAGUGGUGUAG